AUGAUAGGAAGCAUGUAUGCUAUGUUGUAGUUUGCUGAAAAAAUGAGUGCAGCCGCUUCUGAAGUUAUAGUCAGUUCUGAUGAAAUACAAAAAAACUCAUUAAUCAAACGAAGUUGUGUCAGGUAACAGGAUGGAACUGAUAUGCAAUUGAGAGAUGACACUCUAGGACUUGAAGAUGAUUUCCCUGACACCAAUCAAUUCAAAGGGUCUUUUGCCAUCUAUCGCUUCAAUGGAGCCAUCAAUUACAUCAAUGUCAAGAAUCACAUAGCUUAAAUCAAAUAACUGCCAGAAAGAGAUUUUAUUGUGCUUAGUUUUCGAUAUGUGAGUGUGUUUGAUGAUGAAGCAAUCGACAAAUUAAGCUUAAUGAUCUAAGCACUUAUCAGUUCAUAAAGAGAAGUACUGUUGACAGGAUUGAAUUAGGGCAUGAUUGAUGAAAUGAGAUACAAUGAAUACAUGAAUAAUUUCUAUAAAAAACAUAGACAACAUUUUAAACUAUUGGGUUAAUGAUAUAUGAUUUUGUAACUAUUUUACAUUUGAUUAAUACCAUU